GGACAUUCUAGCACUGGUCAGACACCGGUUCUGGCGAGUUGACAACAGUAUAAUGAAGAAAGCGGCUGGAUUUGUUAUUUUUCGUCGUCUUUGCGGGGAAAUUGAAUAUCUUCUGCUAAAGGCUUCCUAUGGCUCUUUCCACUGGAGUUCUCCUAAGGGUCAUGUAGACCCGGGCGAAGACGAUUUUACCACUGCUCUGCGGGAAACGAAAGAGGAAGCCGGCUUUGACGAAAAGGAUCUGAUCAUAUACAAGGACUCGCCGCUGACGCUUAACUAUGCGGUAGGGGGCAAGCCAAAGAUUGUGAUUUACUGGCUGGCUGAGCUGCGGAAUCCGUGCCAGGAGCCCAUUCUGUCUGAGGAGCACACAGAACUUAAGUGGCUACCUAAGGAAGAGGCUAAGGAAAUCGUGGGCUUCAAAGACAACCAAGACAUGAUCGACAAAUUCCACAACAUGAUUUUAGAUCAAAACAAACCAAAGUAAAUUGAAAACAAUAAGCGAUGAAACAUUGCGCAACACUGAAAUGUAUAUAAAUAA